AAUAUUGAGGAGAAUAUUCUAUCAGAUGUGCUGAGUGAGUUAAUGAAACUUGGAGUGACUUCUGUUGAUGACCUUCAGUGGGUUGAAGAAGAGGAUUUUAAGGGCACUAUCAAACCUGUUCUGGUCAGGAAAUUACUGAGAGGCUACAAGGCGAAGUUGGCCCCAUCUGGAAGCAGUUCUGUUUCUUUAUCAUCAUUAUCAAGUCCUUCUCUGUCACCAGUGUCGUUUUCGCCCAAAACUCCUCCACCAAUUACUGUACAAAAUAUCAACAGGGAUCCAAAUUGGCCUCUGAAACUGGAAAUUCCAUGGGAUAACAUGGGUCGUGAUGUUUGUAGGGCCCUUCAGGAAGGCAAACGUUUGUCACCAACUGCCAAGAAGGAACUUGUAAAUAAAACUGUAGAUGCAGUUAGGAAGACAACAGAACAUGCCUCUAAACACCAACUUGGGAUUAUUGCACAGCGGAUGGUUGCUAAAUUUCCUGACAGUUUGGAAGAUCGGAUUGAUGGUACAGUUUUUGGUUCUGGAUAUCAGACUCUGCUUGACAAGAUGUUAGGGAGGAAUGAAAACUGUAAUCGCCCUAAGAGUGCAACCAGACUUGUUUUGUCUUCUAAAAAGCGUCGCAUUGAUCACAUUUAUGGAACGGAUGUUAGUGACAGUGAUGACAACAACAGUACAAAGAGUAAACAGACAAAGUGUGAACAGAAAGACUCAUAUGGUUGUGUUAAGUGGAGUCCACCCAUUGAAAGUGAACAGGAAUUGAGAACAAUGGAAGAGGCAAGAGAUAUCUUGAAAGAAAUGUUUUCUUCAAAUGAAAAGGAGACAUCAAAGAUUGACCAGUUGAUGACUUCUACAUAUCCCUUGCAGAGAACAGACAUCAACAGGGGCACUUCAAUAAGAAACCUAAAGGUCCAGUGGCCUUAUCUCUUUAAUGCAAGAAGUCUUCAGAGUCAUGCCAGGGAGCUGUUAGAUGUUGAUGUGAGAGAUGCCAUUUGUAAUGCCUACAAAACAAAAGCAAGUCGGUUAAACAGUUUCUUUCGGAGCAGUAGUGUCAAGUCUAAAAAUUCAAAGUGUAGCAUGUAUUUCGAGGAGGCCAUGAUUCAAAGCAAUAUGGACAAUCUGAAGUCAUGGUUGAUGGCUGUUGUGUUGUGCAUCAUGGACCAUUUUGGAGAAAAAGAGGAAGAUAUGUUCCAUGUUGUUGAUGAAGCUGCCUCUGUUGGCGAAAUUGAACAGUCUGUCAAGAAAGAAGAUCCAAUGCUGGUAGUACUAGGUGACUCGAUUAUGGCUGGCAAGUCAUACGUCCUCAUUGUUGAUGGAACUGUGGUGACCAAUACCAUUGACAGCUUUAUUGAUGCCCUCUCGUCCUACUUCGCAUCGUUUUAUGUUUUCAACCUGGAGUACCCCUCAGGAACAUCAGCAACUCUUGAAUUUAUUCAAAGAUGUUUCAUCCUGAUAAAUCCAGACAAAGGUUCGAAAGGAAACAAAGGGAAAAAGAAGAAACGUCAGAUUGCAGCUAAAGUGUUAAGACUGGUGAACGACUUGGCUGAUUUCGAGUGGAUGGAUGUAUGAUUGUGAGGACUUGUACGCAUUCAAGUGUCUUGGCUAAGUUACCUGUCCAUUCAUCCAUCAUGUUUUGUUACUGACAAAACAUGAAAAAAGAUGUGAUGUUUCACUUCAUGUUUAAUGCAAGUUUCUUUUUUUUGGAACAAAUUUCUUGCUCCUGGCAUAUCUGAAUUCCUAAAUAUAUUGCUUCAAUAAUAUUAAGUUGCAGAUGUGACUUUUCUUUAGUAUGGAAAUGUAUUAAUCAUGGUAACCUCAUUCGUUAAUAUGAGUAUUGACUCCAAGUGUUGACUCCAAGAGCAAGAGAUAUACAUAAGCUGCUCACUUUUUUCCUUGUCUUUACAAUUUCUUCUACUGUUUGAUUUGGACAAAAUGUUUUUGUGAAAUCCUGAACAUAUGUUGAGCAACAGUUAUGGGAAAAUUCAGUUACACUGAAUGUGAUUUAAAUCUUACAUGAUUGAACUGUUUCAAUGAAAGGUGAUCACAAUAAAAUGUUUUCUCUCUGUUGUUAUGGGAUUAAUGUACCAGUGUCUUCGAGACUUGUCCUGUUCAUAAAUCUCUCAAUCUGAAGAUAAAAACUGGUAUUUAACUGACAUGGCUACAUCACUGGCAGUAUUAAAUGAUAUGCUAACCAGAUGGCUUUUUAUUUGAUCAAACUUUGAAGACUUUAUCUAGUUAUGUUAUUAAUGUCAACGUCAUGAGGCUAUAGGUGUAAAUUGUUCCUGAGCUGUUUUGGUUCAUUAUUAUUAUUUUAUAAAAAGAAACUGUCCCAUGUAUGUCAGUUCAUGAUUCUAGUUAAUGUUACAAACACAGUUACUGUUCAUGUUUUGAAUGAGGGAAUGCAUUUCAGUUUUCAUGUUACACAUCUUAGUGAAAUAUUGCUGUUCUUUUAAACAGCAAGUAUGGCAGUAUUAUAAGUAAGUUAAUCGUAUUGUUCUAGCUUGUCACACUUGUUUGUAAUAAGUAUGAAUAUAGAAUCAGUGAGGAGUAACCAUGACUCACUUUUUGAAAGUGUUGUGUAAAAUAUUGGAUGUUUUGUCAGCCUCAGGCAAUAUUUUGUGAAGAUAGGGAAAACCGCCUAUUGAAUUCAUUUAACACUUUUUAUCAAUAUUAUUUUUGCCAGUAUAUAUUUUCAUUUAUAUAACUAUAUUCACAGGGUGAUUAUGAUGACUGUCUUUAAACCAUACCACAUCACUACAUUAUUGGACAAAGAUACAGAAGGGAUUCAGUGUGUCCAUCCAUUUGUCAGCUCUAUUUUCACGGAUUAUUUCUGGACUGGAACUAAAAUUAUAGUUAAUGAAGGUCAUACAUUCAACAUUGGCAUAGAGGUUCAUAUAGCUUUUAUAUGUAAUUGUUCUAUACUUGAAAAUAUAUAAAAUGGAGAGACAUGCUUUUUGAUUAUUAGUUUACCCUUAGUUCUUAAAUAUUAAAUAUUUCCUACAUUGGAAUUGUAGCAGUACUAUAGGAUAUGCUGUGAGCUAUCAUUAAAAAACAUGAUACACAUGUUCAUUAUUCUGUAGAGAAGUGAUACUUUUAUGUAACUUGCCAUUUUGCAGGAUAGAUAUUAUGCAUUCUGUGGAGAUAUAAACUGGAAUUUGGUGUUUGUAACAAUUUCAUAUGACUAGUAAUGUUUUUUUCACAUUUUAGGUAUUAUUUGAAUGUGUUCCAUGCAAAACUGCUGACAACUAAGUGGAGCUGUUGAUAAAUAUUCUUUUCAUGUUAACUUCCUGAGAAGGUUUUAAACAUUGCGUUUGAACAUAUCCUUAAUUGUCAGGCUUUGCUAGGUUUUAAAGCAUCAGGAGAGUUUGCUUUCUUUCAAGAUCAGAGUUUCAUGUUUUGUGCUGAUUUCAUUGCCUUAUUAUUAGACAGGAUAUUGUUUUGAGAAUAUAA